AUGAAAGGGUUUUCUUGCGGCGCAGAGCGGCGAGAAGAAAAAGAGGCCCAUCGACCUAAGACGGCGGCAGCUGCUAUAGAAGCACUGCCUGAUGAGCUGGCAGCUGAUGUUGUUGAAGUUGAUAAAGGGAAUUGUGUGCCGCUGGAGGUUGUAUGUCCUGAAUUGGAAAAUGAAGUAACAGAAGAACCGGUUGAUGAACCGGCCGUGGAUGUUAAAGAUGAGAGACUGGUAGUUGAGGGUAUUGAAGAGGAUGAUGUGGUCGAAGAUUCUGAAGAUGUGAGUGAGGCGGUAGUCGUUGAUGAGGAGGAGGAGGAGGAGGAGGAGGAGGAGAAGGAGGAAGACGAGCUUGAUGUUUCGGAUUGUGUAGAAGUGGUAGAAGUUGUAGAAGUGGUCGAUACAGCGCUAGUAGGUGAUGAGGUUGAUAAAGUUAAGUCUGACUGA